AUGCCAAAAACAAUCCGAUCGCCUCCUAACCGUGAUCAAAAGACUACGAUGUCUGAUACAGAUCUAACUAAAAUUGACCAUGACAACACAUCGCCUAUCACUCAAAGAACAAAACGGCGAAGGGGAUCUCCUGCAAAUAAAGAACAUUCCGAAGAUAUAAAAAAUAUGAUGUCUAGCUGGCAGGAAAAACAAAAUCGAAUUUUGAACAAAUUAGUAUCUGAUGUUGCCGAAAUUAAACUCCAAAAUUCACAAAUACAAGAAUCAAACAAGGAAAUUGAAAAAGCACUGGAAUUUAUUAGUUGCAAAUACGAAGAUAUGAGAGAAAAAAUUGAAAUUUUAGAAUCUGAACGUAAAACCCAUAUGGCUCAGAUAGCCUACUUGGAUACAAAGGUUGAAGACUUGCAAAGGGUUAUUAAAAAAUCCUCUAUAGAAAUUAGAAAUCUACCUAAGGAGAAGAUAUUUAACAACAAAAAAGAGAUGUGCAAUAUAGUACAAUCUACUUGCAAACUCCUGAACGUAACCGUUGCAGAAAGUGACAUAAAGGAUGUAAUUUUACUAAAGGGCAAAGGUAAUAAUAACACAAUAGUUACGGAGUUUACAAGAAACAUCCUAAAGGAUGAUAUUAUUAGAAAUGCCCGAAUAUAUAACAGACAAAAUCCUAAUAAAAGACUAAGUUCUGGUGAUAUCGGACUAGCUGGAGAAUCAAAGCCAAUUUACGUAUCUGAAGCGCUUACCAAUAGGAGUCGCACACUAUUUUCUCUGGCUCGUAAUGUAGCAAAAUCGGAACAGUACAAAUUCUGCUGGACAAGCAAUGGAAAGGUGUAUAUUAGGAAAACACAAGAAUCGUCACACAUUGAAAUAAAGGACGAACUUCAACUAAGCAGUAUCAAGAAUGUCAUAUGA